AUGAUUUCACCUCAAUAUCAGCUUAUAAUGCUACUGAUAUUCCUCACUCCUCGCCUCAAACGGACAAUAUAGUGAGAAUUUAUUUUUUAGGAAUGCUAACUCCCCCCCUUCGUGAGUGAACAAAACAAUUAGAAAAAUCCCUAUUUUUUACCCUCAGUGAGGAACAGAAAUGUUUUAAUAGAAAAAUUUUUUAUGGAAAAAAAUUUUGAUAUAUAAGUGAUAAUUAUUAUAAUGAAAUCUCAAGCUAAAUCUGUUUAAUUUUAAACAAAUUGCGUUUUUUUAAAACAUAAUUUUUACAAAAUUAAAUUAAUAUUUUCUUCCCAAUUUUUAUAGAAGUGAGAUUUUUUUUUAAUUUUCGAAAUAAAAAAUUUAUAAAAAAUUUAUAUAUAAAUUUUUUAAAUAAAAAAAAAAAUUAACUCCCCUCCGUGAGUGAACAAAAUUUUUUGGUUCACUCACGGAGUGGGGGGAGUAAAUAAAUUUCAUAAAUGAGCAGUAAACCUAAAUUAUAAGGCCAGUUUGCCUAUCUGUUGUAAGCCUAUCUAGCCUAAGGAUUAGUCACCUAGGGCCCGAUGAGCAUAGACUAAGUGAGGGGGGAAAAGCCUUUAGGGAAAGGGCAAAAAUUGCCCAAACCAGAAAACCUACUUCAAAAAGUGACUAUUUUUAGCUUCACCAGGUUGGACCAUGCCUGCUCAAUAGGAGUGUUUCUCGGAGUCUAUCUACCGUUGACGUUGACAUUUUAUGUCUCAUGAGGAUUAGGCUUUUUUUAAAAUCAAUAAUUUGUGUAUCAUACUUAAUUAAAGCUUCAUAAGAUUUAGAUAGUUGCCAUUCUUAAUUUUAAAUUUCUGAUAUCAACAAUAAUUUUAUAAAAAAUUAAGCUUCUACUAGGUGAAUAAUAUCCUGCUCUAUCAGCAGAAGGAAAAUUAGCUAUUUUAAAGGAGUUAUUUCUUUAGAGAUCAUUACAGUAUACCCCGAAGAAGCAGAGGAAAGCUGAAGCUCCAACUAUAAACCUUUAAACAUAAGCUUCUUACUUGAAAGUUUUCAAAUUCUCGAGCCUUCAGCAGAAAUUUAUGAAUGCAACAUUUCAAAUAUUAUCGAUUGCAUUUCAGCUCAUAAAAAUGCAUUAAUAUUGCUUGAUUUAUCAAAUGAUAUUGCAAUUCAGUUUUCUCUUUCUCAAGUCAGCAAAAACCAUUUUUUAAUUCACUUGGUCUACCAAAAAGAAAUCAAAUACCUUGAGAAGUGAAGUUAUUCAAUUUCUUCAUCCUACACAGAUCAACUGAAUGCAUUCUUUUCAAUGCUAAACUAUUUUGGCUGGAAAGAAGGAGUUGUUUUUAGCAAUAAUAUUCAAUCUCAGAUGAAGGAGGAAAUUUAUCAGUAUUCGCAAGCUUUAGAAUAUUUAACAAUAGAAUCUACCACAAAUAUUGAUGAAUUAGUAAAUAAAAUUGUUUACCGACUCGGUGCCAAUCUUUAUUAUAUUCUUACUGACAAUUUUGAAUAUACAUUUAAAAUGGUGGCUUGUGUCAACCUGCGCUCUUUGAACAACAGUUGGAACUUAAGGCUAAGGUGAACUGAAAUGGACUCCAAACCAAAAAAUAAGUUCAGCCUCUAAAAUGCAUACCCAGUAGGAUUUAGUUGCUGCCCUAUAGUUGGAAAUGAAGGUGCUCAUGGCCUUCAACCUUGGGCACCUCUACUGAGGGGUUUCGGCCCAGACCAUAGUGAAACGGUUUCUUCCUGUAGCUGCCAAAGCAACUCCCAAGAACUAAUCCUGAAAAUAAGAAUCUCUGAAUUGUCCGAUGCAGGAUUGCAGAAAUCCAUAAUCAUCCAUUCAAGAUUAAAACAUGAAGACAAGGAGUACUGGCUACAGCUAGAUCUACUGGCAGUCCAUCGAAAAGUGAAUGAACCUUCUGUAAAGAAGGUUUUAGUACUGCAUCUGCAAUACGACUAGUGCGUGUUUUAAUAAUCUAAUAUAUGCUGAAAAUUUUGAGUCAGCGGACUUGCAAUUGUGUUUAAAAAAUAAAGAGCUCUUGGUCACAGGAAAUGGACUCAUUUUAAGUCAGGAAAGUGGCUAUGGAGCAAUUAUUGAUGGAACUUUAAUAAUUACUGAAAUAGGCCAUGAGCUUGAUAAUUCAUAUGAAGAUGUUUUGACGAAAUCUGUUAUAGAGAUCAUAACGUAUAUUACUAAUAGAACUUCUUCUGAGAAUUUUAAUGAAAUUUCAUUAUUACUAGAUUCAUAUUUGCCCUAUCAUUAUAAGAAAAACGAAUUUUCUAUUGUAAAUAUCCAAAACGGUGAAAGGAUAAUUAUAGGGUCUAUUAUAAAUGGAAAUGUUACAAUCUCUAGAAAAGCAAAAUUUCCAGGCAAAACUGAAGCUAUCCCAAAAUCAAUUAAAAAAAUUUUGACGAUAAGCAUAAAUGACGGAACAACAAAUCCUGGAGCUUCUUCAACUCCCGUUCAGAAAACAGGGUCAAUUGGAGCAUAUAUAGCUAAAAAUAAAAUUAACGAAAGCAACGAUGUUUUGGCGAAUUUUCAAAUAAGUCUUACAAGUUUUGAUUGUGGUGUGAGUAUCUAUAAUGCUUCAUUUGUAAAGUCUUGCAUAUCAAAUGGCAUUGAUAGACUAGGUCUCAGCUUUCUCUCUCCUUUUGGAUCGGCAGUAACUGUAGGAGUAUUAAAAGCAUUUGAUCAACUAAAACUAAAGAUGCCAACAAUUGGGAGUGUAACUAUGGAUCCAUCUUUGGCUUCUACAGACACUUAUCCAAUGUUUGUAAGGCUUAUUGAUGGCGCUAUAUAUAGCCAAGUAAUUAUUGUCCUAAAAGCAUUAGGAUGGACAAAAGGAGCCAUUAUGUAUGAAAAUAAUGGAUGGGGUAUACCAGCAUAUAAACUUGUUAUAGAAAACGCAGAAAAAUCAGGAUUUGAAUUUAUUAACCCAGAAAGCUCACGAGCAAUUCCACCGUCUUUAAAUAGCACAGCGAUGCAAGGCUUAAAAGAAAAUUUCCAAGCAGUAAUAGAUUGCCAAGCAAGACUAUUUCUAGUGAUAGUUCAGUGUCCAGCAUGCAACUAUGCAAUAGAAUUAUUAUAUGAUCUUGGGAUAAGAAAAGGAGAUAUCAUUGUUAUGGCAGGAGCCCCAGAGCUUUUGAAUUAUUUUAUACAAAAUGAUACAAAUCUAUAUAAAAGAUCAGAAGUUGGAUACGCAGCAUUAACAAUUGCAAACAAGAUGUUCGUAGGAGAUAUAGGGGCAGAUACUAAAAAAAGGAUUCUAGCGCAAUAUAAUGUCCAGGGAACACCAUCAAUGUGCUGCUAUUUUGAUUCUCUUUAUUUAGCUGCGAGUGCUUUGGAUUAUAUGAUUAAUCGAGGACAAAAUUACUCCGACUCUAGCAAAAUGAUAAAGGCUCUCAGAACAGUUGAAAUUACAGGAUGCUCAGGCAGAAUAAGGAUUGAUAAAACCAGCAAUGACAGGAUAUUCUAUAUGCAUUUAAUGCAAGGAAUAAAAACUGAUGAAAACGGAAAUCCAGCCAUAUAUAUCAUAGGAGAAUUAAGGCCAUAUAGCACAAAGAUAUUAACAAUUACAACUCCAAUAGUCUACGCAGAUGGGACAACAAACAAACCUUCUGACUUAAGAAAUCAGAAUGACAAUUGUCCUUUUCCAACCAAAGAUAUCAGAACAUUUGAUAAAGGAAGAGGAGUUCUUUUUGCAAUUUGUUUUACUGUAGGCCUAGUUACAGCAAUAACAACAUUUAUUAUUUGAAAAAAGUGAUGGAAUAUUUCUGUUGAGGAGCUGAAAGAAAAAGAAGAAAUUUCUUUUCAAGACUUUGUAUUAGGCUUCUCGAUAGCAAUAGAAUUUUUCCAAUAUACCUCUAUGGGACCUGAUUAUUCAUUUAUGAGCUCAUUUUUGUAUGAUAUUAGUAAUAUUCUGUCAUUGAGCUUAGGUAGCGUUUUAAAGCUGGAGAAUGGAGUUUUUUGGAUUGUUGUUGAUGGAAUUUAUGCAGGAAUCGCUGUUUGAAUCUUUCUUUGUGCAGUGGUUUUAUUAAGGCUUGAUGAAAAAUGGCAGCAUAUUUGGAUUUUCAGAAUUUCUGGGACUGGAGCUGACUAUUUGAUGCCUAUUUUGGGAAAUCUUUGCUUUAUUCCUUUUAUUUCAAUAUGUCUUGACAUCUUUGUCUGUGAUCAGUCAAUUGGAGACAACUUUACUGAUAGCUUCUUAGCCAAAGACUGUUAUUAUUUUUGCUGAAAAGAUGAGCACUUAGCUUAUGCCAUUUUAGCAUUUAUAGCUCUAAUUGCCUACGAGCCUUUGGCUGUAUUUUGCCGUCCUCUUUGGCAAGAACUACAACCAGCAUUGCAUGUAAAAGCUGUGCCUUUAUUUUUGAUGGUAAAAACAGUGGUUCAAACGGCUCUAAUUGUAUUAAAUAAAACAGUUAAAAGAUCAUCAGAUGUAGGCCAUGGAGUUGUCUUUAUUUUUAUUAUGAUAAUUUAUGUUGCAUUUAUUUUUAGAUUCAAACCUUACAACUAUGCAAGAUUUAGCUGAUGGCAAGGAUUAACUCUAGUGGGAGUUGUAUGGCUUGCUAUUUUAUCAACAAUUGAACUAGGAGUUCAAGAUCACAAUAUUUCAACUGUACUGCUUAUUAUCUUGAUAUUUGGCUGGAUUACAAUAGCUUCUAUUGGAUUGUACAUACAACGCAAGAAAUACCCAAGCUUGCUUUUCAAAAAGAAAGCAAGAGACACAAGCACAUUGUUUAAAUUCGCUUUUACAUUUGGAAAACAAUCAAAGAAAUCGCUAGAAACAUUUAAAUCAGGCUAUAAAAGUACGAAAAUAAUCCCGGAAAAAAGCUAA